AUGUUCCUGCAUAUCCCGACCACCAACAUGUACUACCAGAGCCACGCAAUGUCGUCGACGUCGGGGCGACUUUCCGAUGGCCCAGUCCAGUUCUCCAACAUCGAGACCAUCUCGGACGUCUUCGACUGGCUGAACGACACGUUCGUCCCGCAAGUCUUCGUCACGGAGGACUACAACGGUGAAGCGCUGCCUGAAGAUGAGUGGGGAAGUAUUGGUUCGCUCAACAAGGUGCUCGGUGCCGUGAGCUUUCAGGUAUCACAAAUGGAGCCCGACGUGUGCGAUACACCGGACUUCCUCAUGAAGUUAUACCCGACCUGCUACGACGAAUCCAGCACGACGACUGAAGAUCUCCUCAUCACUUUCGACACGAAUGCAACGAGAGCGAGAGCUGUGCUGGCAAAGAAGAAGGCGAGUGGGGACUGGCUCAACCUGUCGACACAGCAACUGCUCAUCACUGUCAUCACGCUCAACGGCCAGCUACCGGGCUACGCCGUCACGAAAUUGCUUCUGGAAUUUAACCCUGGCGGCUUUAUCAUACCGAGCUACUCAGCGACAUCGACACUGCUGGACCAAUUCCCGAGUUCGACCACCGUCGCGCUUGACGUUCUCGUUAUCCUCUGGCAAGCGGCAAUGGCCAUACGUUUCUGGGCGUUCCCGGACGGAUGGUUCGCCAUUGAUGCACUGUGGGGGCCUAUAGUGUACGCGUUCUACAUCACGGUACUCAUCACGCAAAUGUCGAUGACGAAUUCUUCCUUCCGUGGCAAGCUCUCAAUCCUUCGAGACCCCAACCAGAGUCAGAACGACGUCGAGGCAACGCUGUCGUCAGUCACCGAGUCGUUCGAGCACAUCGCGAACCUCACGGUCCUGCUUCGUCUUCUUGCCACAGCGGCGGUUUUCAUCCUCGGGCUACGCGUCCUAAACACGUUUCGAGAUCACUUUGGACUAAGCAUCCUCACGCGCACUAUGGCGAGUGCAGUGCGCUCAUUCCGGGCUUUUUCGGUUAUCUUCGCUGUGAUUUUCAUCGCGUUUGCUUCGAGUGGCACGGUCUUGUUCGGCAGCAGUGUGGACGAGUUCUCCUCGAUGCUCAGCUCCACCAAAACCUGCGUCAACAUGCUGUUCAACAACUUCGAGAUCAGCACCAUUGAAGAAAUCAACUACUCAGUCGCCUUCUACUGGAGCUACAUGACGCUCAUGACGUUCGUGCUGCUGAACAUCGUGCUGGCCAUCGUAGUUGACGCCUACAAGGAG